CGAGCGCGUGCCCAUGAUUCCUUUGGCUUGGCAAACGAAAGGAGAGAAGGGAUUCACGAGUCCGGAAGUUGAAAAAUACAUUUCGACGAAAAUUGAGAAGUUCAAGCAUAUGUUCUCAUCGACGUGAGCACUUAAUAUCAAAAUGUAAUGCUUGCAGCAGUCUGCACAAGAAGCUCGAUGGAUGUAGCUGGACACGAGCCAUGCUCGAGAGCAGCAUGGCCGACGAAUAACAUUGUAGGAGUUGGAAAAUCCGAGACGAAAAGGCUCCAAUUCUCGAAUGGUGAAGGUGACGCCGGGGAAACAGAACAUCCUCGAACGCCACUUCAAACGACAGACCAUGCGACCUCGAGCUUCAAUCAGGGCGGCGCUGAUCGGCCGCAAUGCACUCACUAAGCUCUGCGCGAUUGCCAAAUGCUUGGGCAUCGACGAUGAAUUUUCUCCUUUGCUCGACAGAAUUUCUGUCCAGCGUAUCCUGAUGCGUCAGUCACGUCGGGAUGUUGAUGGAUACAAGUGGAGACGCAUUGUGGACUAGCACCGACAUUUAACGAAGCAAAUGCAAUAUCAUGGCUCGAAUCAAGUUUUACAUGUCGACCUGGCAACCACACACUUGUCACAGCCUGAUGGAAAGCUGCUCUGGGACAGCAAAUACAAUAGUUUCUUCCAGCAAUCGGGGCAAGACGACACGAAGAUCAGCUUAUGAGUUCGAAUUACAUGCAUUCCUGAGUCUCUCUUAAAGUGCAUCAUCUUGGCCCUGAGGUAUCAAUGCUUCUCUAGCUGAGCAAGAGAGCGAUUCAGGUCAUAUUCACUGGACAGAAAGUACUCACCACUCGAUCAUUCUUGCAGGAGAAAGGAAAUUUCGAAUACGCACGCCAACAAUCAUUCACGGCGUGGGGGCUUAACCGGAAAGCCGCUUCUCCUGGAAGCGCAUGGUCAUCGAUCUGUCACGUCUUGGGCCGAUGAGCGUACAUCGAAAGAUGUGGCCUGGCCCCCACUGAGUGAUUGCACACAUCUCGCCAUGGGCGAUUGUUUUUGCCUAUUUUGUUUCCCAAAAUCCAGUCAUUGAAUAGAUGCCAUGAUCAAACCUUACGAAUGAUUC